AUGGACUUGGGUUCUGGUGACGGAAAGUACACUACAGAUUUGGCCAGUCGUGUGCCGCACAGGCGAGUCGUGGCCGUAGACAUAGACCCGGCGAUGACAGAGUACGCGCGCGCCCACAACACUCUGCCCACCAUUGAGUACGUGACUCAAGACAUGUCUGUCCAGUGGUCGGCGUUGAGUCCAGAGAUACGUCUACUGGAGGGCAAAAUAGAUGUAAUAUUUGCCCACUUUUCACUUCAAUACAUGUCCGAUAAGAAUCAACUCAUGUCAGUGUGCCGUCAAUUGUUGGCCACCGGCGGCACAAUUCACGCCGCUAUAUAUGUGUCAGAUCUGAACCUUAAAGCGGCGCCCAAUAAGCGCCGGGAGUGGUGUCCGUCCGUUGAACAGCAGGCAGAGCUGUGGCGCCGGGCGUUGACUGACAACGGUUUGGCGAUCGACGCGCUUAAGAUCACGACCGAAACGGAUCGCAACGAUCGCCAAAAUAUCAUCAAUUUCAUGCCCACUCUUGUAAAUCACUGGCGAAAAUACUUUGAAACGGACGAACAGUUUGAGAGCGAGAAAAGCGAUUUAUUUGAAUUGCAAUUCGACGCCGACUAUAACGCCGGCGCCGAUGCGCCCGACCCUAAGGCGUGGACACACUUUCUGGCCAAUGAAAACAUCAAACACGUGUUAUUUGAGGGUAAAAUUUUGCGCUUUAUUGGCCCUGUACCGUAUUUCCUGACAUUAGAUGACAUUAUGAACAAAUCCGAUAUCAAUGUAGCUGGUGGACUUGGGGGUAGUAUCCCCGAGCAAAAGUACCUGGAUGGCAAAAUGAAUAGUUAUAAAAAACGUUCAAACAUUCACCACUUGAGUGUCGGUAGGGAUGGGUUUUGGCGAAUUGUAUACAAGGAUUUAAUGACUGGUCGGGCGGUUGUGGUCAUAGACUCCCGACGCAAGUUGUCAUAUAUGGCCAAAGAGUUGAUUGCUCUGCAAAAUAACAUCGAUUACAAGGUGUCGGACAAUAAGCAACAGAUGAUCAACUAG